AUGCCUUACAAUACUCGUCGCAAAUCGUUGUCCCUGCCAUCCUUGGGUAUUCACUUGCCGAGUUCCUCCCGUCGCUCCCCGUCUACCACCAAAUCGUCGCACGCGACGGAUGAUCAAUUGCCUGCCCCCAAGAAGGUCAAGAGGUCACACCACUCCGGUUCGCUGUCUCCAGAGCCCUCGACCCAGGUAAAGGGGCAAUUCGCCCGUCCCUCGGGACGACGCGCCACCGUCGAGCACACGCCACCCCCGUCGCCGGCCGACCUGGUCGCCCCCAAGAUCGACACCGAAGGGAUCAGCGAUGACAUCGUCGUCGGCGUGAUCGAGCAGUUAGAAAAGACGGGCAACCGCCCGCACUUGGUCAAGGAGCUCGCUGCUAUCCUACUCUCCUUCAACGACAAUGUCGCAAACUCUGCAAAUCCCGCCGCAUUAUUAUCUUCGCGGUUAAAUACAUAUAUGAAACGUCCCUGGACGGCCCUCGCGCCGUGUCCGUUGGCCAAGGAGUUAAUUCCCGUUCAUCCGCGGAAAGUGUAUUAUUACCUCAACUCGAUGCCGCGCCAACCCUUCCCAGAGAACUCGGACGAUAUCGUCAUUCCCGGGAUGGAGGGCACCAGCAUCACCCCCAGCGUGUCCAGCGUCGAUAUGGAUGAUGAGGACGACGCGUUUACCCGUGAGCGAUCGCGUCUGAGCCCGAGUCCCGAGGUGGACCUGUCCCCUCCCGAAGACGACGAGAAUGCCGAGCUGGGCGGUCGGGACGGCUCCAACAGUGCCGGUCACCGGGCGGACUUCACCGAUCCGCACCACGCCCGCCUCUCCAGCUCCCACCGGGCGGCCUCGCCGCCACUGGAAGGCGACGAGAAGGAGUUCACGCAGACUGCCAGUGCUGUUCGCGAGCGGGCCUCGUCGGAACAGAAGGCUAGCCAGUUUGAGGGCGCGCGCGGCGGCGGCUUUUCCGCCCUGACCGAAGGGUUGAAUGAGCUCGACGCUCGCAUGAACCUCGCCGACUCGCCGGUCGACGAUGGCCCCCUGUCCUCCAUCAGCAGCGCGCGGUUCUCUGGCAGUCCCGACAGCGACUACUUCUCUCCCAGCGCCUCGGAGCGGUCUCCGCUCGACAGCCCGUUCACCCAGAUCUCUGCUCGCGAGACGGCCGGGAUCGACCUCCUGGGCACCUCCCCGUCUCCCUCCCUGACCUCCGUGGCCUCGUCGCUCUCGUCGGGCACGAGUGUGGUGUCGGACGAUGGCUUGGAUACGGAUCUUCGUCCCGAGGCCCUCGCCGGCGCCCCGCAGAUCAGUCUGCCGGAGGAUCCCGACGCGACGCCCGUCUCGACGCUCAAGCGGUCCAUCGACAUGCUCAACAGCGGGCUCCCCGACCUGGACCUGGAGAUGUCCGACCUGACGGAGCCGGACACGAAGCUCUCGCUGCGGACCCAGGACUUUGCCAACACCGACAUCGAGAUGGUAUUUGCCUCCGAUUCGUGGCGGGAACUCCAGAGUCCCGAGAGCGUGGAUGUCCAUGAGCUGGAUGAGAUGUUCGACGAGAUCUGA